AUGGAAAACUUGGGGAUGGUAGUUGUGGGUAUGUUUUCUUUGCCACUUUAUAUAUAUAUAUAUAUAUAUAUAUAUGUUGCAUAAAAAAACGGUCCUUGUAAAAAUGCGUCAUUUUUAUGUAAAAAAGCUGCUUUUUUACAAAUUGAGCGGUUGUAAAAAUACUGCUUUUUUACAAAAAUAUAUUUUUGUAAAAAAGCAGCUUUUUUACGUAAAAAAGCUGCUUUUUUACAAGUUACCUGGUUGUAAAAAUACUGCUUUUUUACAAAAAUAUAUUUUUGUAAAAAAGCAGCUUUUUUAUGUAAAAAAGCUGCUUUUUUACAAAUUAGCCGCUUGUAAAAAUACUGCUUUUUUAUGUAAAAAAGCUGCUUUUUUACAAAAUAUAUUUUUGUAAAAAAGCAGCUUUUUUACAAGUUACUUGGUCGUAAAAAUACUGCUUUUUUACAAAAAUAUAUUUUUGUAAAAAAGCUGCUUUUUUACAAAAUAUAUUUUUGUAAAAAAGCUGCUUUUUUAUGUAAAAAAUCUGUUUUGUUACAAAAGGUAUUUUUGUAAGAAAGCUGCCUUUUUUAUGUAAAAAUCCUGCUAUUUUACACGUAUAGACCAUUUGACAAACUCAUUUAUCGAAGACAAGCUGUUUUCCAUAGCAUGGUUCCAAAUUUAUUGAACUGUAGUUUUCGUGCGGCUAGUCACGUUCACGUUCCCGUGUCCCCUUUAUUGUGGGGCGUUUAAAUUCCCUUGUUAACUCGCUGACAGCGUUAAAAAUUUACGUUCUUUUUAUUCUUUUUAUUCUUUCUUCUUGUUUCCUUUGUCAUUCAAUUUUCCAGGACCUUCUAAUUGUUGGAUGCGAAGAAGGAACAGGCAGUAAUUUCAUUUGUUAUCCUUAUCGGCUGAGGUCACGCACGGCAGUAACUGCAUGUUAGGCAAUAAUAGAAUAGCUGGGUUAUUCACUGUCUUAUUUAUAAGCAAUGCCUGUCACAAUCUCUUGCAGCAACCAAAGACUUCUAUUCUCUCCUUCAUUGCUACUCUUGUUCAAGCCGAAAACUGUACAGAAUAUUGUUCUGUAUUAUUUAUCUAUUUUCCCAAGGUUAUCAGCUGCAAUGAUCAGUUUAACUGUCAACAAAAUACUUGGCUAUAAUGCUUUGGUGCUCUUAGCAGUGGAUAAAUAAAUUAUAACUCCAUUUCUAGCAUAAAAUCUCCAGCAAGAAUCAACGACAGCAAUUGUUAGGCAAUUUCCUGUAUUAUGUAUGAUGCGCUAAACUUCUAUCACGGGAUUCAUGCUAUGUUGAAAUCCAUGUUGAUGCAUGCAAGAUUGUCAUGUCUGCGUUACAACUUUAAGCUUUCAACAUGAUGUAGGAACAUGUUCAGUCGGCUAAUCAAGCAAAAGGAAACGCUAGCCUAUAGCUACAAGCGUACAUACACUCGCUUGUUAGUCUAAUUUUGCAAUACAGAGAGCAACUUGUAAGGCCAUAAAAACAGCAGACCACAGCAGCCGAUUUGUUUAUAAGAAUUUGGGACUAUAAAGGCGGUCUGUAACGUACGACAAUGCGUGUUUUAUUUUAGAGAUCGAGAAAUCAGCCAGAAAACACUUGUAAAGGCUAAACAAGUUUAAUAUGAACACUAGCUGAAAUCGCCAGCAACAUUUAGAGUAUGACCGUUUUUUUACAAAAUAUAUUUUUGUAAAAAAGCUGUCCUUUUACAAAUAUAUAUCAGUGUAAAAAAACAGCUUUCUUACGGUACCGUUUUUUUACACAACAUAUAUAUAUAUAUAUAUAUAUGUAUAUAUAUACCAGUCUCAUAUAUAUAUAUAUACAUUUACAUAUAUUUUUUAAUUCCAUUUUAAGCUACAGCUAGCAUGAUCUUGCCCACAAAUCAUCUCAAGUAGCCCCAAAACCCUUUUUGAUUGGCAGGAUUGAUUACAAUCCUUCUGUAAUUUGAAUUUUCCCAGAAAACAGCACUUGUCCGUCUGGCAAGUUAAAAACAAACAUCACUAUCCUGAUAGCAAUAUCCACUAGCCCCAGGCUAUCGGACAUGACUUUCUUUGCACGCUGAUUAUAUAUAUUUUAUGUAUUAGGUUUUGUAACUGACGGAGAGUUUAACUCAUUAAGGACCAAGGGCUCCCAGAGACCAGUCUCAGUAAUUCAGCUGAUGGCAGAUGCAAAGUCUAAGGCCAAAUCCAUUCCGGCUAGUCGAAUAGCAAGAUAUCUUACACCCAAGUGAAGAACAAAGGUAAAGUUAAUGGUUUCUGUACACUUUAUGCUCUCUGAUGGGCUGUUUGCAAGUCAACAGUGUCAUGGUAAAAGAACAAUAAUUAUUUUGGCUGAAUAUUCUCAAACAUCACAGACAUGGCUAUAAAUUAUUUAAGGAAAACAAAUUAUCGACUUCCAUGCAUUUAAGAGCCAUUAUCUGAGAAAAUCGAGAAUCGCACGACACUCGUCAAAAAAUCGAAUUUUUUUUUAUUUUGCCAAAACAUCCCUUUUAGUGACCUUAUUUAAGGAAAAAUAGUUUUGGGUUCAAACGAUUCAUUUUAAAGGAGAAAUUAGGAAAAGUUUGAAAAAUCGAUUUUAUGCUCGUUUUUCGCACAAAACACGGCAGGAUGCAAUGGCAACUUCGAGAGAAGGGUGAACGCGUAAGAAACAUUCCCUGACAUUGAAACUUCACCGAAUUAUUAUUUUGUUCUUACUCUUUAAAAUCCUAAAAGAAAAUUUGAUAAACAAUGCUUUACAUUUUUAUAAUCGACAAGUGUAAAGAGGUCAUAUUUGUGACGUUAGACGUGCUAGAAAAUGAAGGCCAACUUUGACUAUUAAAAAAGGCCUCUGGUAUAUGCCGCUUGAUCAUAAAAUCAAUAUAAAAUGGAGCCUUGGCUUUUGUACUAACUUACUUGAAAGUUUUAGCUCUGGAAAUCAAAUAUCAUCCUGACACCAAAGCAAGCGGUGAGAGCAAUUGAAUUGGGAAAUUUAUGCAAAUUAGACGGCUUGCGGACGGUAAAAAGAAGGUUUUAGAUGAAAGGAUUACUCACCAUUGCUUGUAACACGUUUUUACGGCAAGGGAAGUUAUUUCCAACUUCUUUUGCGUCGUUUUGAGUCACAAAAUAAAUAAUUUUUAGCCAAAAGACAAACGUACGUUUGCUAAGCAACUGCGUCCGAAUCCGGCCGUGAAUCGAAAGUCCCAACGCGUCGAAGCAAGAGUUACAAGAGUUUUUACUUCAGUCAGGAGGCAAUAAAAUAAUAAAAACUCAUCGCAAACUAUAAAUGACUUCGAUUUUGAAAACCUUUCAUCACUUCAAUCGUUCGUCGGCUGAUAAUAAACAUCGCACAAGAUCGUAUGACCUUUGGCGUGUGACCGGAAAUUGGUCACACGCUUCAGUCACGUCAGCAUGCUGUCACGAAAUUUUCGUAGCUGUUGUCAGCAAUUUUAAUACAGUUUUCACAUUUUUUGACAAGAACUCCCCUCAUCGCAGUAGAAACAGCCAUGCAUAUUUAUUUUUCUUUUAUUUACCUACUAGGCUUGGAAACAGCUUUUUUGCCUUCGAAGUACUAAACAGGAGGGGUACCUCGGAUUCCAAGUGUCGUGAGUGACGCGUGGAAGCGAAAAUCAAGACCAAAAAAGAACGAAUAUUUUGAAUACUUAAGUAAAGCCACAGCUAAAAAAAAAAUUUUUUUGUUCAAAAUAUUUUCAAACCAAGAAAAAAACAUACUUCGAUCAUCCCUGUGACUUGGAAUCUGGCCAGGGUACCCCCUCCCCCUCCCCUCCUCCCCUAUGCCGGGUCAAAAUACUAAGUUCCCCGGCCAAAUGUCCCAUAGUCAAGGGAGUAUACUCUCUUGCUGUAGUAAAGAACUUGCAGAAUAAUACCAAUUCUCCGUGGCCAACGGAUUCAACGCUAUAGUUUACUUUGGUUUUCGCCUAUAACCCCAACCGCGACCAAAUUAUGAAACCUGUUAUUACCAGAAAAAAAAAACACAAAGAAACAGUCAGUCAGAUAGACAGUACAUAAUAAAAAAGACCUCGAUUAAGAUUUAAAAAAAUCAAUACAUGACACUGUCGAAUACGAAAACCCAGAAACCAUUUUGUGGAAAAAAGGUUCGUAUACAGCUAUCAGCUGCUUUUGUCCACAACUCGCCGGUAGAGGUGCGCGGAAACUAGUGAUUGUGAAAUGGCUUCAAACUAUGAUCCUAUACUGUUGGAAUAUUACUUAUCACAGAAAGCUACAUCUGAUUUCUUCUAGCAGACACAAUCCUCUUGGUUCGUGUGGACAAAGUAGCUCAUCCCGGCUAUUUGCACCAUGCUACUAUAGUCUCCCUAGAUUCCCAAGCCUCACACGCAGACUUUCCUGUCCCACGAACGUUGGGUAGGAUUAUAGGACGAGCCAAAAGAAAGUGAAGGCUAUAGGCUCUCGCGAUGAUGCAAGGAAGGUCGAGUAUUAUAUUCCCCUAUCCUGGUCGCCCAGGGUAAGUCUUCGGAGGAGAGUGACUUAGGGGCCGUAUGUUCGAAAAGUUGACUAACGCCCCCGGGACUAACGCUUUCCCCUGGAUAAAUCUAUAUCCAAUAAGUAACGCAAUUGCUUCUUCUUAUUCGCUUGAUAGUGAUUUCCUGUUGUUCAACGUUUGAACAACAGGGCCCUAAGUAUUGUGUUUCGCCUUGCACUAAAAACCCAUAAACCUUAUAAAUUUCACUAUGGGACUUCAGCACCUCCCUUGAAUGAUCCAUUUCGCUAAACGGGACCUCAAAACAACGAUUCUGUGCAUCCUAAGGGAGUGUAUACUAUACGUUCCUGACUCUCGUCACUCACAGUGAGGUGAUGGUGGCUCAUACUCUAAUAGACCUAACACAGUCGAACCUCCAUGUGCGACCGCCAAUCCAAAAGACCAAAUUUUCCCAUUCAAAGCCUUAUAUUUGGAACCUCCAGUAAACGACCUUCUGUAAGUGACUGCGACCACUUUUGGGCGUCACGGUUAAUUGUUUUCCAUAAGCGACCAGUUGACGCAUUCUCUGCUCUCUAUUUUUGCUGUGUGCACUAUGUUCCUUGGAAAAUAUAAAGACCUUUAGUGACAUCGUGGAACUACACAUAUCCUAACUUAGUAGAUGUAGCCAACAAAGUGAAGAUUCUGUUGUGAUUCUAGACUAUUCUAUAUCUCACUCACCUGAAUCCCUCUUUAAAUUGAGCAUGAUUUAAAAGCUGUAUUUUUCAAAAGAGGUAAAAGAUAAUAUUUUGCCAGGAAUUUGUUACACCGCCAUUUAAUAGAAAGUGCCCGGACCUCUAGUGGACAUCUAACUGACAAUCAAAGUUUGUGCUUAUUAUUGGGGUUAUCUGGUGUUUACUCACCUCCCAAGCUACCCUGGGCGAGCCAACUUUUCAUCCAUUUCCUUACAAAACUUGGUAAACCAUUUACAUGAGAAACAAAAGGUUGGUUCGGAUAGACGCCUUACUACCAGUAGUGGGCGGGGUUGAGGGCUUCCGGAAGUCAGCCCUCCACUGAGCCGGUAGUGGUGGCCUCACCCUUCUAGCCCGGCUAAUAUUUCUUCAGCUAGCUGGGACGACACGGUCAAGGCUAGACAAAGACAGCAUGCGCAAGCACUGUUGACUCGGACAAAGUGGUCAGUUUUUUCCUCAUACAAACGCUCGCAAAAGUUGGCUCGGCUGGGAGGUUGACCUUCUCUCCGGCACAGCUUUUCUCCAUCCAUGGGUUCCAAACAGUCUUUUAGCAGUCACGUUUGAAAUUUAUAGGAAAAUGAUGUAGCACUUCAAAAAAUAAUAAUAAUAAAAAAUACACGUUUUUCACAGCCUGUCAAUGCCUAGAAGGUGUCUAUAAAAGAAAUCAACUGCAGAACAGGAGUCAAUUUCAGUUUUUUGCGCUUUUCAUGCUAGCACUGCGAAGCGGACUGGGGGUGCGAGACACGCGCGAUGCAUGGGGAACAAGUUCUGCAGGCUAUAAAAGAAAUUAAAAAACAAACAAACAAAUAAAGCAGGCCUGAUUUUAUUUCGAUGAGUCUAUUUUUUGUCGAAAGCAAACGUGAAAAAUCGUAUUAAAAUUCGUGACAGUAUGCUAACGUGACUUAAGCGUGUGACCGAUUUCCGGUCACACGCCAAAGGUCAUACGAUCUUGUGCGAUGUUUAUUAUCAGCCGACGAACGAUUGAAGUGAUGAAAGGUUUUCAAAAUCGAAGUCAUUAGUUUGCGAUGAAUUUUCAAUCUUUUGGCCUCCUGACUGAAGUAAAAACUCUUGCAACUCUUGCUUCCAAAGGACCGCAGUGACGUGUUGUGACUUUAUUUCGAUUCACGGCCGGAUUCUGGCGCAGUCGCUGAGCAAACGUACGUUUGUCUUUUGGACCUUUUGGCUUAAAAUUAUGGAUUUUGUGACUCAAAUCGACGCAACAGAAGUUGGAAAUAACUUUCCUUGCCGUAAAAACGUGUUACAAGCAAUGGUGAGUAAUCCUUUCAUGUAAAACCUUUCUUUUAGUUUGACAACCGUCUGCAAGCCGUCUAAUUUGCAUAAAUUUCCCAAUUCAAUUGCUCUCACCGCUUGCUUUGGUGUCAGGAUGGUAUUUGAUUUCCAGAGCUAAAACUUUCCAGUAAGUUAGUACAAAAGCCAAGGUUCCAUUUUAUAUUGAUUUUAUGAUCAAGCGGCAUAUACCAGAGGCCUUUUUUAAUAGUCAAAGUUGGCCUUCGUUUUCUAGCAUGUCUAACGUCACAAAUAUGACCUCUUUAGACUUGUCGAUUAUAAAAAUAUAAGACAUUGUUUUUCAAAUUUUCUUUUAAGGUUUUCAAGAGUAAGAACAAAAUAAUAAUUCGAUGAAGUUUCAAUGUCAGGGAAUGUUUCUUACGCGUUCACCCUUCUCUCGAAGUUGCCAUUGCAUCCUGUCGUGUUUUGUGCGAAAAACAGGAAUAAAAUCGAUUUUUCAAACUUUUUUUAAUUUCUCCUUUAAAAUGAAUCAUUUGAACCCAAAACUAUUUUUCCUUAAAUUAGGUCACUAAAAGGGAUGUUUUGGCAAAAUAAUAAAAAAUUCGAUUUUUUGACGAGUGUCUUGCGAUUCUCGAUUUUCUCAGAAAAUGGCUCUUAAGCCCUAUUUUCUUCAAUGUUCACACCUUGCUUCUGCACCAUGUCACUUUUGAGCAACAGAGAACCCAUAGCAUGAAUUUUAUUGCAAAGUAUCCUGCCCAGCAAGAUGCAGUUUUUUAAAAAUAUUUUUGGAGCUACCAAAUUAAAUGGUAAAGAGUUUGAAUGCAACUUUACAUUCUUGCUUUCUCUCAAAGGUGGGGCAGUGGAACCUGAAGUGCCACAUCCAGCUGUUCCAAUCAAAGAUGUCGUUCUGCUGAAAUCUCUCUUGGACGAUGGACGUUCCUUUACAUCUGCCCUCCGGCUCCUUAGACGAAGUCACUUUCCAUUUAACUAUGAUCCACAUCCAUGGAAGCCUGGUAUGUUAUGAUAAAGUUACCAAUAAGCCCCCAAUAGUUUAUUAAUGACAAAGGUUGGUGGCCAGCUUGGCACUAUUUCCCAAAGCCACCAAAGUAAAUGCUCAAAUUUUUUAGUGUGCAUUGAAAUAACUUUGCCCUUCAGCUCUAGGGAUGAAGUCACUUUCCAUGUAACUAUGAUCCACAUCCAUGAAAGCCUGGUAUGUUGAUCAUCACAUUUACUAUAGGCAGCUGACAAUUUAUUAACUUAUUUGUUUCUUUGUUCCAGGUAAUAGUAUCAAGUAAUUUCUUAGUAAAAAUUGUUAAAUAAGUUGUAUUAUUUUAAUUUGCUUGUCUUUAAGGUAAGCCUGAAAAUAAGACUGAAUGUUUAAAGUCUUUGAUGGCCACCUACCUGUACCGCAAGAAAGUAAAUGACUACAGUGCAUUGGGUGUUAACUUCAAAGAACAUCUCUAUGUCCCAGAAGUAAAUGAAGUGAAUGGUGAGACAUUUCAUGAGCGUGAAGAUCAUAAUCAUGUGUUGAAGCGCAUAACAUCAUGCGCUAGAGCAGGGACAAUCCCAUCAAUAGGUCUGCAGUACUUCAGAGAUGCUCUACAUGAUGAAAAUAGUGGCAUGACUGUCUUAUGA